GGGUUCCAAAUUGGGCGUGCAUCUCAUCAGAAGAAGAAAACAAUGGUGUCGGGUUCAGGGAUAUGCGCAGCGCGUGUGGUGGUCGACGCGCGGCACCACAUGCUCGGUCGUCUUGCGUCGAUAGUGGCGAAGGAGCUUCUGAACGGUCAGAAGGUGGUGGUGGUGAGGUGCGAGGAGAUCUGCAUCUCCGGCGGUCUCGUUAGGCAGAAGAUGAAGUACAUGCGGUUCCUCCGUAAGAGGAUGAACACUAAACCCUCUCAUGGCCCCAUCCAUUUCCGCGCUCCUUCCAAGAUCUUCUGGCGCACGGUUCGCGGCAUGAUUCCUCACAAGACGAAGCGCGGCGAAGCUGCUCUUGCUCGCUUGAAGGUUUUCGAGGGAAUCCCUCCUCCUUAUGAUAAGACGAAGAGGAUGGUGAUCCCUGAUGCUCUCAAGGUUUUGAGGCUUCAGAAGGGGCACAAAUUCUGCUUGCUUGGUAGAUUGUCAUCUGAAGUUGGAUGGAAUUAUUAUGAUACCAUCACGGAAUUGGAGAAGAAGAGGAAGGAGAAGGCGCAUUUGUUGUACGAGAGAAAGAAGCAGCUGAACAAAUUGAGGGUGAAAGCUGAGAAGGUUGCUGAGGAGAAGCUUGGUUCCCAACUUGAUAUCCUUGCUCCAGUCAAGUACUGAUUUGGCUUUUGUUAGUGUUUUUAAAUUGAGGUAUAUUUAGUUGAAUCUUCAGCCUUUUUCAUUUUUGUUUUGGUUUUUGAAUUUGUCGUUGGAGCUUAUAAUUUGUUUUGAUGUGAUAAACUGAUAAUCGUGGAAGCUAUAAGCUAUUUUUGUA